GCUUAGUUGUUGAGGUGUCAAACCGAUAGAGCGAGGUUGCCUUGAAUCGAAGCGACUUUAUACCGGGCAACUUUUCAUACUAUUCGGAUUCGCGCGCGAAAAACUCAAGCGCCCUCGCACAUCACUGCACAACCCAACCAAACUGAGUCCCCGUCCUAGUUGCAAAACAGGUGGAAUCGUCCGUCCGCCGUGUCCCUCGCAUGGAGCAUAAAUAGAAAACUACGCUACAAAAAUAGAGAAGUCAAUCGCACGGAAAAACAAUUACACAAACAACAAUACUGUGGCAAGUUUACAACUACAGUGUUGGUAGCUUGGUGCUUAGAUCACAGAGAUAGGAUAUCCCUGACAGCUGCUCUACAUAAAUACGUCUGGGUUAUCCUUGACCGAGUUUGUGUAGUUUUUUUCUGCGGCGCGGUGGACUACUGCCACCGCGCGGCGAUCUGAUCCGAGUCACCGACGAUGACUAUGGAAGAUAGCUGCCACCGGAAGGCUCCGAAAAUAAUCGGUUAGUUACACCUAUUUGAAGCUAGGUUUGUAGAGAGGGCUGCUGCUGUUUAGAGUUUAAUUUGACUUGAUUGUUUUGCUAUCUGUUAGCAGGGAAAACAAGCUGUGGGCAAAAUGGAACUCAGAGACGGAUGAGUGUGUGCACGGGAUGCCAGGAACCCAUCGAAGACCGAUUUGUAAUGAAAGUCACUGACGAGCCGUGGCAUGAAAGCUGUUUGCAGUGCUGCGUGUGUGGAAGCGCCUUAUCGCGUUCAUGCUUCAGCAAGGACAGAAAACUCUACUGUAGAACCGACUACGAAAAGUAAGUCAGUACACUCUAGCAACACGACACGGUUAGAACACAAGCUGUCGCGUUUCUUCAUGACAUUUCAUAUUUUUGCUCACAUUAAAUAUUCCUAUAAUUAAUAGUUUUCUGCCUAAGUACCUAGAUUACACGGCAGAAGGUCAUUGCCAAUUUCAAGGUAUCGGUAAUUUGGGAAAUCUACAAGGCCUUUGGACCGUCUGCACCAGCACUCAAACGUCUUUGUCACGAUUGUUGCUUGUUGCCUACAGUUGUUAUGGACCGCUGGUUAUUUUAAUAAGGGUAAUGCUUCUUCUAAACGUCUAGUAACUUUAAUUAAUCGCGAUCUUAAAUUUUCUGAAAUGUCUGUAACGAGUAGUAGUUUUCGAUUUUUUGAUCACCACACAGCGACGGUCUAAAUUUCUAUUUACAUCGUUGGUCUAAACAUAUACACGUUAUGUAUGCAUCGGUCUCCUUUGAACAUCUAAAGCAAAGGCCGCCCACAGAUUUCGGAAAGUAUGAAUAAUUAUUGCGUUUUCUAACUUAUUUUACCCUUUUAAUAUGAUUAACAUGUUGAAUGGUACAGAAUGAUACUUAUUUCUGAAAUUUUAAUUCUCGCGUAGUGGUGUUGUCAGAUCUUGCGCUUUCUACAAGUAACAGUUUCGCUAGCAGGAAGUUCCUUUGAAUGUGUUAAUCAAUCUUGCCUCUUUAAAUGAUAACUCUCUUCCGUUACUUGUAGUACGUUAGUGCCCGAUUUUUUUCCUCUUCAAUUUCGAUAAGAGGUCUCUAUAAUGUCAGUUUGAUAUUUCUUUUGCUUAUUUUUGUAAUUGUCCGUUUCUAUUAUUAUCAUGCACUGUUUUCAUGGAUUACAACUACUGAAGGAACAUUUAGAAGUUUAGGUCACUCGGUUUCAUUUUACCAGCAUCGCUGUAGUUCCACAAGAAACGAUUCAGAACUUCAGCCGUUAUCAGGACAAGUGAGAAAAGAUACCAUUAAACGGGAAAAAAAUUGCAAUUCUGUUUUUCUGCGAUAUUAAUGAUUUUUUUGCUUUGUUUUACCAAUAAUGUCCUUUUGUCUUGUUACAUAUUUGAAUUAAAGAGAGAUUGCUAAAGUGAGCAUUCUACCGAAAAGCAUUUUAUCAUCGUAACUCUUUCUAUAAACUGAACAGUUAGAGUUACUUAAACUGCAUAAAAGGCUUUUUCAAUUGUCUCUAUUUUACAGUAAACGAGUCCUGAAUGCAACAUUUAAAUCAUCUGAAAAUAUAUUACUUCUUUAAUAAUAAAGUCUGGAAAAUUAUCACUAAUCACGCUUUGAAAAGAAGAGUUGUUUUGCAUACGACAUUUUCCCCCUUGAAAAAGCUUUUUUUCAUCUGCUCGUAAAAUUGCUCGCCAGAAAAUCAGUUAGCGGCGUAGUUUUUAUUUUGAUAAUUGAAUGUUUGCCCAGGAACGGAUCUAUUACCAUUGUCAAUCACACAAGGCCAUUAAAGUGUUCUGGGGAAAGAGGUACUUCGAUCAAUACUUUGGCAUCAAGGCUAUUUGUUUCAACACAAUAUUAUUGCCACUUUCAGUGCCUCAAGGCUGGGUUUCUGCUGCUACGUUCUUCAAAAUAAAGCGACGUCACCUUGGAAAUUUAAACUUAAAACGAAGCCGCCUUGUGGGUUAUUUGUUUAAGAGAGUGUUAGCAUAUUCACUGAUUUACUUUGAGCAAGACAUCAUUUCACGGAUUUCUCUGUUCCUGUAGAUGACAAUCGAACAAUCUGUCACGAAAAAACGAGAGGGUUGUUUCCAAAAAGGUCAAAAUGAAUUGGUUCGUGUGAAAAGCCAUAUUAACUGUUCAACACUUGUCUAGAUUGGGAAUUUUAAACAUCAAAAGCGGCCAUAAAUUAUCAGUAGGUAAAAACACACUUGGGUGAAUUGAAGUCAUCUGGCUUUCCAACUUUUCCGUACGCCUUUCCGUGGAGUAGGUGAUGAAUUUAUCCGGAAAUGUUGAAUCGAAAGAAAACACUAUAAUUGCUUACAACAAGCUAGGACAAACAUUACCACACGUGCUCACUUACUUUUCGAAAUUCAACCUGUUGGUCUACCGUAAAAAGUCUUCAUGAAAAACGUGGACAAUUUCUUUGAAUCAGGACUGCUGUUCACUGAAUAGCCAAAAACUAUACAAACAAUACCACGAUAAGCCCAACAAAAAGAGAAGGAACGAUCAAAGAAAUCCUAGCAUGCUUUUUACUGGAUGAGCAGAGUUUAAAAUUCACCUUGUGACGCUUUGAUUCUGAUCAAAGGAAACCUGAAUUAUUCAUAAAAUCUUACACGGCUUUCGCAAACACAUCUAGAGCUUAGAAAUGAUUCUUUUGUUGUUUGCUUCACAGAAUUAAAUGAAAUUUUUCUGUUUUCUCGCUUUUUUUGCCAGUUGACGGCAUCGGUAACGCUGUCAGUAACAGAUGCUUUUUCUUGCUUAGAUUGAAAGUAUAUUUCAAAGACAAACCACAGCUUCUUCUAGACAGGCUUUUAAAGAUUUUAGGAAUGCUUGAAACUAAAGAUACAACCGAACAUAACAUAAAACUGCUUUAUAUUACUUUAGUUCUUAAGGAAAUCAAAACAGGAUAUCUGUUUGUCCGAAACAUGACCAUUUUAAGAUUUGCUAAUGGCUUGCUAUGGUCCUUGAUAUUUGUAUCUGUCAACUAUGUCGAUAGCCAAGAAAAAAUAGGGGAGCUUCAGGGGAAAACUAUAGUUUUCAAGUAUUACGUCAAGCAGUAUUUGAAUAAGAAGCCAUCGAAUGAUAGCUUCUAACCAGCUUUCGAAGGCGACUGAGCCAUUUUGAUGCGCGUUUUCCUUUUCCUCCUGUAGAGUAUUCGAGAAUCAAGGCAUGAACAGCAUCGCUUUUAACUUUCAUUUCUUCAUAUGUUACCAAUUUAAUAAUUCUGUUCCGAGUAAUCUGAUAAAAUAUGCAUUCGAUUGCGAGUUGUGAUUUCGUUAUUUCAACUCUGAGAUGCUUUUCGAUCUCCAACUCUUCAAACGUAAGAGAUAAAGUAUUCUGACAGUCUUAUUCAAAACCUUUUGUAGGUGAACCUGCUGGUCGGAAAUGAGUAGAUCUUUGCGCGAAACUAAAGAAAUUCUGAAACAACUUGCACUAUAACACGAAAAACCUAACUCAAACAAUGCUAAAAGUGCUCGUGUUAGAGAUGUUUCUUUGGUUGAACUGAGUUACUUAUUUUCAUUAUAUGACGCCAGUUCUCCUACAACAAGUUCUUGUAGCAAAACUCACCCUGUUUGCAGAUUUUUGAAUUCGUGGAUUUAAACAUUUACCUAAAAUGUGAUACUUAAUUGUUACCAACGGUGGUUUUCUUUAACUGAGAUUUUUAAAUUACGUUCAAGCAGACAUACUGUACAGGCCAGUGUCCAAAAUUCACCGGAACCUAUUUUCCAGUUCUUUCGAGGUUAUCACUGCUGUUGUCUCUAUUCCUUUGAGGUUUAAGUUACAGUGACCUUGUGAUAGACCCAUGGGUUAUCGAUCGCUAAAGAUAGUUUUUUUCUAGCUCGUGAACGUGAACCCUAGUUUCUGAUACUAAAGAUAGCACUGAAAUGUAGACUUUCGACUAUGUUUGUUUGAGGAGCUUGUAGUUCAAUUCUAUAAUUGAAUCGACUCCCUGGGUUUGCAAUCUUUUACUCUUGAGUACAUUAAGUCUGAAUCAAAUUAACAGUAAAACGAACCGAUUAAACAUACAAUCUUAACCGAAACAGCAAUUUGGCUGGACUGUCGAUCGGCAAAUUGACAAGUCACCAUCAUUCCGGUUGUUUAGACUGGUAGAUAACACACCUUGGAAUCUUGGAGCUAAGGAGCCAAAGAUACUUGGACUCAAAAGAAUUAUAUUUAUUGAUACAUAUCAACAAAUAAGACCUGGAUUCGAUUUAGUUAGUUUAUUUCAAGCUUCUAUAGCGUAUUAAACGUUGAUCUGACUUUUAUGGAAUGUACUGAAGAAUAUUGAUAACUGUAUUUUAGUAGUUUCCCGGACAUCAUCAGUUCAUGCUGAAAUGAAAUCUACUUGUUGUUCGGAAACUCAGUUCUUGAUGUAUAUUGUAGGCAUGUGUACAAGUAACUUGAACAAAAUGCCACCUAACCAGCAAACAAACACAUAAAACUAUUUUCAAAAGAGAGCCAAGGCCAACUGCAUGCUGUAUACUGAAGAGGGAUUCGCCAAAAAAAGCCAAGUUUUCAUUCUGGUUGCCACAAUUUUCAUAUUGCUCAAUUUUUGUUUACAAGUGGGGUUCCCUGAUGCGAAGAACCGGUCGUUCACGCGACCUUUGCGUGUUUUGAGACGUUAUCUAUUACAAAAACCUUUCAUCUGUUUAAGUAAAUCUGUAAAGAGUUUUAUGUACGGAGCAGCUUCCGAAAAGGAGGUUAUUUAGAGCCCGUUUGAAUCACAAGACAGCCAGUGAUGCCAACGUAGAUUAGAUAAAGUUGGGUGCAGGCAGUCGUGGUCUUUUUGACGCCUAAAAAUUGCUACUUCGCACUGCAACCCUGGUCUCCUGCAGUACGAAGUAGUUUCGUCGGAGUCAAGUUAAAUAUUUUUAUUGCCUUUUUCCCUCAUAUUUUCGUAUUUUUGGGAUGCAUUUUUAGAGAAUUUGGAACAGCGGGCACUUGCGAGUGUCCACGACCACACAAGUAUAUUUUGCUCUUCACAUGCGUUAAGAAGUAAAUAAUUAUACACUCGUCAAAUCGUCAGAUCCAACAGUUUAGAAUUUCUUUAUCUUUUGGCAAUUGAUAGCCAGUACUAGUAGUACUGAGUGUUUACAUGUAUUCAGUGGGUCUAUAUCAUUGAUAUUUUUGUUUCCAAAAGGGCGUUAAAUGUCAUUAUGAAAGAGAAUAGCGUUCUAAUAUUGAAUUAACCUGCACUCCCAUGUCUCUCAAAAAAUUCUAGAAAAUUCUAAAACUUUGUUUUGUGAAAUAUUAUAAGACAAAUGGUCCAGUACCAUGUAAUACUGCCGAUGAGAUUUCAUUUGUGUGGUCACAUCAUAGAGUUUCGUUGGCAGACUCAUAAUUUUUUGUAUUCAUAUCGGAGUUCGUAGUAAAACAAACAAUACCGUGAAAAACGUUUUCUGCUUCAUAAGUAUUUUGACAGACUUAGUCCGGGAAUGCCCUCUCCUUCUCAACGAAAAGCUUUAUUUAUUCGUCAAAUAACAUUCCGGCAUUAGCUAGUGACAUAUUCUUGUUUUAGGCCUCUAGUCAGCACUGCUCCUAACUGAACACAACAGUACGAUCAAGGUAAACCAAGGCCUGCUAUAUUUCACAAGCCUGUUUUCCAUGUUUGCUAUAUUUCUUUUGAAUGGACGAGAAAUUUUGGAAAAAAAAACACGAGAGCCACAAUGAUUAAAACGCCUCCACUUGCAAUGACUCGACAAUCAUCAACACAACUUAACGUUAUGACUUCGGUUCACUGUGGAUUUUACAACGGCCACAACGUGCUUUGCUGAUAUUAGUCAAUAAAAUUUGUUUUACUCUCUCUUCUUAUACAGAAACAAGUCUCAGUAUGGCUGUGACUUUAUACCAAAUUUUGAGGUUUCUCUUUUUCUUUCCAAAUAACGACUAGUUUAACCAGUACAAGAAGAGCUAAGAUUUCCUUAAAGGAAUUUUUCAGUCGACUGAGAGCGACUUGACGUUAAGAUACGACAAAAAUCUUAAAUUUGUUUUGAACGAACUGCGGAACGAAUAACGAGAAAAUGAUAGUCUUACCGAAAAAGUUGCAUUUGAAUUUCUUGAAUGAUGGGCCAUGUAGAAUGGAAGGAGGCCGUGUUACGAGUUUUUGGUGUGCUUUUAAACCCAAACCGAAAAAAAUUGGAAAAUGGGAAAACCCUGAAAAAUGGUUUACUGUUCUGCUUAAAAUUACUUUACGAUUCUGCCUAAACUGUGCAAUAAAUUAUCCCUCUACUCUGCGUGUCUUGGGCUUUCGAUAACCAGGAUGGAAAUGGAUUGCCACUUUAAAAAAUAGGGCUCACUGGCAACCCUUAUGCUGUAGAAAAUCCCCAAGCAGGUGCUCAUGAUCUAGCUUUGUUUGCAAGGUUCGCUUGGUAGCCAUCCAUUCGAGGUCCUAGCUUAAAAAAGACGACUGAGAAUACUUAGUUUAAUUGGCAUAGCUCUCGUAAGACCAGAUAAGAGUCACUAAAGCCUUUAUGUUACACCGCAUAACCCAUUAUUAACUUCUUCUUCUUCAAGUGAAGACCACUUUUGACCCUCUAAUAAACGCUACUAUGGAGCCAAACGAAAUAGCUCUAACUAGCUGGGACUAUUCAAAUGAAACCUCUGUCAGUACUUCGUCUGAGUUGUUCAUCAGUGGUGUUACAGUAGAAGAUUUAAGAUUUUGCUUACGCCGAUUUUAAGUGCUUUCAGGGUGAAACGGGUCGGGUAAUUUAUUCGCAAAGAAUCAAAUCUCUCACUGCCUUAUUGUAAGUUGCUUUAGAGAGAUUACGAUUUAAGAACUGAGAGUAGUACUCAAAAAAUUUCUCAUUCUAAUGUGGCGAGUAAAGUGUAAUCUAUUUUAAGGCGUUUUCUUUUUUACUUCAUCAUAGUUGGUUUGGUUUAUUUUGGAAACGGUGUAAAUCAUAUCAUGACAGUAUAUAUUUUAUUGCUGUAGUAAUAGGGUAUUCUAUUACGUGACCGGCUUCCUUUUUUUUACAUUUUAAGAGGUAUUUCGGUUCAUAGUAUCAAAAAUAGAGUGACCAUAUCACAAUCUAAGUAUCACUCAAAGGAGGAUGGAAAAACAUUAUUUUAAAUAAGUCUAUUGAAAAGCUAAUAUGUUGACAGGAACAAAAAUUUAGAAAGUGAUAUGAGCGUUUUGUUUACAUAAUUUGAUAGUUCUUAUUAUAUGUGCGAGGCGGUCACUUUUAAAAAAGCAGAGACUUAUAAACAAUGUUAAAAGAUUAAGAGAAGGAGAGAAAUUCUUCGAAAUGACAAACCAGCAAAAAAAUGCAUUGAGCAGCAAGAAGGAAAAUAACCAAGUUGGAUCUGAGAAUCUCACCUUACAGAAUAAAUCUUUUAUGUUUGCUUUUCAAGGCAGGUUUGUCAACUCGUGGAAAAUGAGAUAUAUAAACGCAAAUACAAAAACCUGCUCGUAGAUAUGGUAUCUCAAGAGCUUAUUUAACCAGCUGAACACGACAAUAAUUUCACUUAUUAUCUAAGUUUACGGAAACGUGGUCGAAGACAGGUUUGUUUAAAACACGUUAAACACACUAUUGCUCUGUUUGCUAUUCCAACUCGCUAAUUUAAGAUAACUGUUAACUACUUUAUUUUGUCAAAUAUUCCUGAAAAUACAGAUAAAAACUCCGCGAAAAUGGGAGAGAUAAAUCUUCACUAAGCUGUCUGGAGUUCUGUUGUUAUAGUCUUUCUUCGAAGCACUUUCUAUGUUAGCUUUUCAUUUUAGUUCUGCCAUUCGGUGUUCCAUAGGUCAAGUAAAUGACUCCGGCGAAUUCUGACCGACGGACGACCGCUUAUUUGACUUCUUUAUAAAUCUUUACUCCCUGAGGACAUUUUAUUCCCUUCUAACGUUUGACUCUGUGUAAGAAAUCCUACAGUGUGACCAUUCAAAUGAAAACUCUCUAACAGCAUUUUCUUUUGGCAAUUUUUUAAGGCGUAUUUCUGACUAUUUGAGUCUUCGGAUAACGGAGAUAUCACGUUGUGCGCUACUUUCCCUUACAAAAAUAAAACCUCUUCAGCAAUUCUUACAUCUGGUACUAUUUAUUUAGUAUGCAGUUUUAAUUUUGACGUCCUCGGGCGAAAUAUAGCUUCGGUUAGCAAAACUCCUUUCGCGCGCUACUCUGCACAAAUGGAGAGUUUGCUCGCAGGCUGGAAGAAAUACGAUGGUGCCACCAUUCAAAUGAACCAUUUGGUGUUCUUUCACAUCUGGCAAUGUGGCAUUCGUGGAUGAAAACCUGUGUUGUGACCCAAGGGGGUACUCCCAUACAUUACCUAUACGGGUAUGUGCCGCCCAACGGGGUCGUGAUUUUGAAGCUUCCUGAUUUAGAACGGGGUAUCCAUUUCGGAGGCGUUUUCUAGAACGGGGUAUAAUACUUCAAACGCAUGAAAGCUUCAAUUUUGUAAGCAGCCAUUUGGAAUUAUUCAAGGACAGAUUGCUUUUAAAAAUACGGUUCAAUGCGUUAACAAGCAAACUGUUUUACUCUUGUUGCACCCUAGAACGGAGUAUAAAAAAAUUGGCCCAUUUCUAGAACGGGGUACCAGUUUUAGGGCGAAUUCUAGAACGGGGUAUAAAAAAUUGGCCCAUUUCUAGAAUGGGGUUUUAGAACGGGGUGCCAAUUUGGAGUCCCGGGCGGCACAUACCCACCCAAAAAAUACCCAAGUGCCCCCCCCCCCCCCCCGGGAGUUGUGACCACUGAUAUGAAAUCUCUUUGGUCAUACUUUUGCUUUGUGUCUUCAAUUUCUGUAUUUUUCAAAAGGAAAUUUCUUUAGUUUUAACUCUGACAAUUGUAUCACCGUACAAAAUGGCACAGACGUUGUUACUUAUCACGUGUCUGAUGGUAACAGGACCUCACCGUGGUUAGAGUGGUCUCACGUUAACUCUGAGUUCGAUUUCUAGGUUGCGCAAGCUGGUCUAACUCUCUCCGACCUUUUCGGUUGAGACACUUAAGUUCUUCUGUUGAAUUUGAGUUUGGCGCACCAUUAAACCAGCUGAACAUCAAUCUGUUGGACUGACACAACUUUCUCAAACCACUGUAAUACAUUUACCUCAAUAAGGGUUUUAUUUGGAAUGCUUUUCAGUCCACGGGUGUCCAAAAGAUACGCACCGGACGGUCAAACCAAAUCCAAUCGUGAAACCGAGAAAGAGACGUGCUCGUCUCCAACCUCCCACAUUGAAGUAAACGCUCCCGGCUGCCGUGUCUGACUCGACCUCAGCAGCUCCGAGUCGUAAUCGCUUACUUCGGAUAUUUUAGUUUAUUAUUGAGGAGACCGUGCGACAAAAGAGAGAGAGCGUUUGUCUCCAGUGCCCCACAUGGAAGUAACCGCUCCCGGCUUCCUGGUCUGACUCGACCUCAGCUGCACGCAAAUGGUUAUUUGGGUAUACAGUAAUACGGUAUUUUAGAUAACUACUGAGGAAGGAGGGCGCCAAGAGAGAGAGAGAAAGGCGCGCUCGUCUCCAACACCCCACAUUAAAGUUAAUCCUCCCUGCUGCCCUAGCCUUGGGGAAGCCUUUGAAGGAGGCAGCUACCUCGACGUAAUUGGAACUGUAACCCUUAUCCACCCAAUAUUCCCAAAUAAUGGAGAUUGCACGACACCUUUUUGUUUUGUCCUCAGCAUGCAUUGCUCGAUAAUCUGCUUGUAUGAGUAACACUUAUCCAUGAUUUCUAUGACUUUUUGCUCUUACAGGACGUAUGGAACAAAGUGCAGUGGCUGCAAGACAACAAUACCAGCAAAUGAGUUCGUGAUGCGGGCUUUAGGAAAUGUGUAUCACAUACAAUGCUUCGUUUGUACUAUGUGCGGACACCGGCUUGAAAAAGGCCAGGAAUUUGCACUGAAAGAUAACAAUUUAUAUUGUAAAGAGGACUAUGGAAAGAUACCGAUUAAAGGACCAGCCAACAGCCCACCUCACAAACAACAACAAGAAAGUGAGUUAAACUUCGAUGAUGAUGUUCUUUCCUUUUCAUUGUUGUUGUUUUUCCGAGGGUUAAGAGUAACUGAACAGUUUCAAUUGACCACUCCAGAAAUUGUCAUAACAUACCAUAAUGCUCUUUGUUUGUCACGCCAAAAUUUUGCAUAAGCAUUGUCUUCAGUUUAUCUUGGGAAUUAAAAUGGCCCCAAGACAAACUGAAAACAAUGCUUAUUCAAAUUUUUGGGGUGACAAACAAAGAGCAUCAUGGUAUGUUAUGUUAUUUUCUGGAGUAGUCAACAUUUCCGGCGACAAAUCACCAUAUUUCCCUUGCCUCAUGUAAGGGAAUCCAAGACAGUCUUGGAUUCUGGAUUCCACACCUGGAUUCCAGAUUCUGGGCACUGGAUUCCAGCCUCCAAUCAUUAGCAGGAUUCCAGAUUCUUUGAGCUGUAUUCCAGGGAUACCAGAUUCCACUAGCAAAAUUUCCCAGAUUCCAGAUUUCACGAGCAAAAAUUUCCUGGAUUCCCGGAUCUCUUACAUAGAGCAAUUUCCCCUUUGAAACAUCAAGAGUCCUAUGUAAGCUUGCAUCAAAUAAAUGAACUAAAACGAGUAAAAGUUAUCAGUAAAGUAUAAAUACCGUCACCUGGUGUCAUUGUCUUUCUUUCUACCAGGUUUCAGCCCAAUUUGAGCACUAAAACAUCAUCUUAACCUGACAGUGACUUGACAUGUGUAAUGGAAAGGGAUUUUCUCUUACCAUUACACAGUCAGGUUAGGUAAUGUCAGUGCUCAAGUUGUGCUGACCCUUGAUGAAAGAAAAACAAUGACACCAGGUAACAAUAUUGAAAUGUUAUUGAUAACUUUUACCCGUUUUAGUUCAUCUAUUCCGUGUAAGCUAUAUUUCCCAUAAAAACUCUCAUAUUUCGCUUGGGUCACCUGUGCUCAGCCCAGAUUUUCUAGGUUCUUAGGUGAGCCACCAAAAGAGUUCCCUUUUUUGCACAUCCCGUACAGAGGAGUAUUUUUAAUUAGUAAAAUCCAACUUAGUGGUCUAUUAUCAAUGCUAUGUUCUGAUUGGUUGAGCUACUACUAGGCUAUAUGUUAUAGCCCACUAAUAGCAAAAAGCGCCGGCUUUGAAAACCAAAACAAUGGCGACUGCAUCACGUUUUGCUGGCUAAAGUUGUUUUGUCUCUAUAUUUUUGACCAACUAGUUGGAUUUUACUAAAACAAUUAUUCCUUUCAUCCCCCUGGGCUAUUGCGGGCUCGAGGAAUAAUUUGUUAAAUACAACUUUUCAACCUUAACUGUUUCUCCCUUGACCAAGCAUUGUAGCCUUAUCUUUUUCUAUUUUUGACCCUAAUCAAGCCAGCUACAACCCUGUACAAAAUGUCCUUUGGACAGUGUUACAAUAUUCAUAAUUCUGUUAAAGGUUUGAACCCAGGAGUCAUUUUAUAGGUUAAGUAUGAUCAUGUGGGUCAUCAUAGUCUUGAGUGAGACUGUUGUUGACAGAGACGGAUGUUUCAACAACCUGUGUGGUAGUCAUCAAUCAGGUCAAUAACCAGAGGUUAAUAUUAUCAACUGAUCUGACGAACCUCACUUUAAAUAUGAAGUUCACUACCACACAGGUUGUCAAAACAUUAGUCGCUGUCAACAACAGUCCUAUUCAGGACUACGAUCACCUGGAUGUUGAUGCUUCACCUACUUAUAAAUAUUUGUAAUUAGCUGUAAUUUCUGGGUGCCCUCACAAAAGAGGGCUACUUUUUGAAAAUACCUUUCCAUUCUUCUUCAGGCUCCCACAUGAUAUAGUGUGGAAACUGUUGAAAAAUUCUGGAUACACCCAUCUUAUGUUGUUUGUGAGGUGGGGAAAGGGGCUGGGCAUGUGUAAUUCAAAAAGAGCCCCACAAAUGCAAAUUUAACACAAUUGCUUGGCCCUUUUUUCCGCCUUUGUAUAAUCCUAAUAUUUAUACGACAUACCGUGUACAACUUGGUCCAGAGCAACUUACUAGUUAUGCUCUUUUUUCCUUUUACUUGUUUCUUUGCAGAUGUUAUCAAUAACAUUUUAAAGACUGAAAAAGAAACCAAAUCAGAGAAAGCUGACAACUCAGAUUCGGAUGAUUCUUCAGUAAUAGCUGAUGAUGAAAAUGACGAUAAAAAAGGACCAAAACGACCAAGAACAAUACUCACGAGUCAACAAAGAAAAAUAUUUAAAUCGGCAUUUGAAAUAAGCUCCAAGCCUUGUAGAAAGGUAAGAAAUUAAGUGGAAACGCUUAUUUAAAUUGCCUUGCGUAACUUGUAUCUGAUACGACCACUUGAUUCUUUUCUUGUUUCUGCGGUGCCGUUAAUCACUCUAAAAUAUAUGUGAAUUUCACUUCACGGUACUCUAUGUGCAGUAAAGUUUAGGCAGCUUUCUAAGUCGUGAAACAAAUAGCCUGCGUAACGCAGGCUACAAAAUGAUUUAGGGUGCUAAGGGUCACAAACUUUAGCUUCGCCGUCCCCUCAAAAUUCAGUCUACUCAGAUGUGUAUUAAAAAAAGACACGUUCUCACAACUGGAGUCUUGUUCUUGGAUAAGUCUUAAAAAUGCCAAAGAAAUGAAAUGCAGUUCAAAAAGUGCAAAAAUAUGCACACUCGACUCACCUGCGAAGCGUGACGAAUCCAACGAAAGAAGAAGCUUGGUAACCGCGUCUGGAUUAGUAGAGCCCAGUCUCGGUCUUUCUCGAAAGUCCCGCCCGAUAAUGGGCAUGGAAAGCUGUCAUUCAAUGGAUAAUUAAUUGUGUAGUUCGGCAGAUAACAUUAUUAAACUAUCAGUUAACAAAACACAAUGAACGGGUUUGUUAGCUAGUACCUGUCCGUUUUUUCUUUAAAUUUUGAUUUGAAGAUUUGAUUUCGGGCCCGACUUUCGAGGAACAGACCUCUUGGAGUGCUGCCCUUUGCUUUCUCCAAAAGCCGUUAAAGUAUUUUCGGCGUUCCCAGCAUGAAACAUACAACGUGUAGGGUCGUAGUAUUUCUUGCUCCCUCCUUUAACGACAGGUUCUCCCCGAUAUAUCAUUAUUCAAUUUGCUAUUACUCUAUAAUUUGUAAAUUAAAGGUUAGAGAGGAACUUUCAAGAGAAACAGGACUUAGUGUUCGCGUCGUCCAAGUCUGGUUUCAAAAUCAGAGAGCGAAGGUAACUAUGAUAAUUACAGUCCUUUACUUUCGAUAGAGGAUGGCCUGCCUGUUUGAAACAUUUUACUUAUAACAAGGAGCUUUUUCCCGUUGUUUUCUCUCACAUGUUAGACUUUCAAGGAAGAAAUAGUGAAGGAAGGAAUUACUGAAUGAAUGAAUGAUGCCCUGAUAUAAUACACUGUUAUAAAAGAAGCUCUUACACAUUUGAAAACGUUAUUAAUUUUAUACUUCGGUCUUUAGUCAAUAAUUAUACAAUUGUAAAUAAUUUUUAUCAAUUCUAUUUUAAUUCUUUUAAUUCUGUCUCCAUUUAGUUGCCGUUCCUCUACUGCUAUUUUUAUAGUUUGAAACUUAAAAUUGACUGAUUCAUUCAUUCAUUUAUUUAUUCAUUCUUAAUGUGAUGGGUGGAUAAGGGGUAACAUUUUGACUACUUAUUACAAAUGGGACAAGACAAAACCAUGUCAGAUUAUUUGCGUAUCCGUUAGUACAGUAUUCUACUCGAGUAUACCAGCUACCCAUUUUGGAAAAAUAAUGUGAAGAAAGGUAAAAAAUUGUUGUUCUUGACUUGUUUUUCAGAUAAAGAAGCUUGCGAGAAGAAACAACCCUGAAUCGGACGGAGCUGCUAGCUGUAGAGUAAGCAACCGGCAAAGAAGUCUUAAAAAGACUAAAGACGGCAAAUGUAGGUUUAUUUGAUAUUUGAAGGCUACAUUGCAGGCGUUUUCUUGGGGUGCUCGAGCUCUAGCCACCUCGUCCCCAGGGCGCUUUUCCCUGGCUUUGGAGGUCGGGCGGCCCACUCCCAAAGCCAGGGAACCGCCCUGGGGACGAGGUUGGAGCUCUAGAUUUCGCUUGGAUUGUAGUCCCGUUUCUCUUUCUGCUCAAAAGCAACAUCUAAAACUUCAUGAAUAUGCUACCACUCAAUCGUUUAUUAAUCGGUUCAUUUAUUGAUUUACAGUCAAAGCUCCCGUAAGCGACCAAAUUAAAUGCGUAGGUUCAGUGGUCGCAUACGGAAGGUGGUCGCUUACGUGAAUUGACCCACAGGGGGUCGCUUCCCAAAAUAGGCCCGGACACAUCUGAAAUUUGGGAGAGAAUUCAUUAUAUGCAUUUUCUAAUAAGUUAUGAUAUGUGCAGUUUCAUGUUCAGCACCAAACGUACAUCGCAUUAUCUUAGAAGUGUAGUACAAACAACAACCCGCCGGCUACAUGAUAGAGAUCAAACCAUGUCUUAAGUGGAUAGCUAAGGGGAAAAGUUUGAAGCUGUUUUCCAAAAAAGUGGUUGCGGUCUCUUACUAGCUAGAGGGGGUCUUUUACGAGAGGUUCAAACUAAAGUGAUUUUACUGGGGAACUUUUGGUGUUUUGAGAGGUGUUCGCUUACGAAAGGUGGUCGGACGUGGAGGUUCGACUUUAUUUAUUUAUUUGUUUAUUCAUUCAUCUUUCUAUUUACCUUUCAUUUAGCAUCAAGUCCAAGAGACAAAAGGCGGGCUGACAGAGACAGUUUGGACCUUCCGCCUUCGCUUUCCCCUCCCCCUCAGCUACCAGGAUCCCAGCCCCCUCCUUAUGGAAUGCUUCCUCCUCAAUACCAACAUUUACAAAAUCAUAUGGGACCAAUGAUGGCGCCACCGCAGUUCCAACCACAGUACCAACCACCGCUUAACCACAUAGACUCCGGGGAAAUUCCUAUGGAACAUGGAAUUCAGGGUAUCGAUGAAUGCAUGAUGCGACCGCAGCAGUUUAACCCCGCGGAUAUAGGCGGAUACCCUACGACUACAAAUCACAAUGGUCAGAAUCACUUAGAACUUAUGCAUGACAUGAUUAAUUCAUUUUAAUUUAUUAUAAUUGAUUCAGAGGAAACAAUAUAUUAUGCGGCGGCUUUAGAAGGUCACUGUUUCUCACAUGAGGCUUGGUCCUUGGAUAAGUGACCAGAGAUUACAGCUGAAAAAAUAAAAUCUUUGUUGCAUGGUGUUCCAAAACAACAAAACCAUAAUAGGUUAGAUUUUAUUUCUGUUCUCAAUAGAAAUCAUUUGCUUGUUAAGCACUGUUCUCGGCCGCAGGACGCGGUAAAAGCGAUAUUUCGAUAAUUAUGAAUGUUGCAGCUCUGAUAGAAAUAACAUUAUGUGACUGAUAAAGUUUUUAUUUAUUUAUUAUUUAUAUUUUUUUUAUCUAUUUGAAUACUCUAAGGUCAUCUUUUUUGACAGAAAAAUGAACUUCUCAGUGCAUGCUCAUUUUCAGUAACACCAUGUCUGGGUUUCAUUUUAAAACUUUACUGUAAUUGUACACCCUCUUAGCUAGCUCUUUGAAGCUGUUCUACGAAAAUAGACUCCGUGAAUGUGUCUAAAAAUUGAACGUCGAAUAGAAGCUAAAACUUCCCGAAAACGAAACAAAUUCCAUCUUGUAAUUUCCAGUCUUUGAUAUGAUGUCAUUUAUUAGCCCUAAAGAAAAAACAACUGGAGGUCUUCUCGCACUAACUUCUGGCAUACUAGAACAGUAUUUUUGGCCAAAGAACUACCGUAGCUAAUCGAGUAGAACGUAGUUUUUUGAAACCUCAUUCUCCUGUUAGGUUCGUCUUUCCUGUUUGACUUUGUCAUAGCAACAUGUAACUAAGCAACAACUCGCAAUUUCCAUGCAAAUUGGUUCGUAUUGGACUGAAGUACGGCGCGGACAGCGUCGAAUAAAAAUUGAUCUAAAGACUAAAAUAAGGUAAAUUAUUCCAUUUUUAAUGGUACUGCUGGCGAUAAGCGUUUUCUAUAUUAGUAUUGAGUUAUUUUUGUUUGCAAUGUUAAAUUCAAAGAUGAUACAUCUCAAAUCACCAACGUCUAAACCUGGUGGAUUUUAGUGGUGUAAGAAUUUUAAGUAAGUUUCAUGUUUCGUUCAUCUUUCUAAUGCAGCUAUAGACUUACCAGGCAGAGUUGUAAACGUAAUUAUUCUUACUAAAAAAAUGAAUUGAAGUGAGUUUGUUGCUAUGUUUUUUUUCUUAGCCUGACGAACGAAAUUUGUUCAUCAGUUAUAUCACGAGACUCGGAUCAAUCCACUUAAAGAUGUUUUUCUAUACAUUUCUUUAUAAAACUUCUACUAUUUUCCUUCAAAUGCUUAGUUGUCAGUUCAGAUGUUCAGUCACAUAAACUUUCUAAACUUUAACUAACCACCAAAAAGGACAUGUCAGUAAAAUGUUGACUUAGUAGUUCAGCUGAUAAAGGAAGAUUUUUCUAAAACAACCUCCCUAAUGUAAAGAAUUAUUUAAUUUGUUCCAGAUUCCGACGAGGCAGCUUCGCAUUGGUUCAACCUUUACUUAUAGCAGUUAACAGAAGUAAACACUAAUUUUGAAAUUUAAAAAUUGCCAGUAAGGUCACCAGGUGGAAAUUUGACGUGAGUGAACGUGGGAAAAUGAGACUGUGUCACAAAAAUAUCUUAUAUAUCAUCAACUUAGUUUCGUACAAUAUCUUGGGUACACCAUCGCAUUCUAGUUAAAAACUAUAGAAUCAACUCGUGCAAUAAGAUGAAUUCACUAGUCACAUUCACUUUUAGCAAAUACCCUCGUUAAGCAUUUUAUUACAAGCUGAGAAGUUAAAAGCCAAACUAAAACUAUACAGCACACUCCACAUUAUCAAAGGAAUUCUUUUCUUGACAGCUUUAUUUUAUUGAACACUAAUUAUAAGGAUUUCAUGACAGGCGCAAAUACCAGAGUUCGUCUCUUGAAUAUCGUAACGUUUUAAGUCUUUGAUUUGUCAUGCAUUGCAGUAUUUUCGACAAAACCACUUUGUAACGCGUUUUUAAAAAACAGAGGUGAAAGUCAAUUCUGAAAAUGGUAACAUGUAGGGAUUUAAUCCACGAACCUUGGCUCCGCCGGAAAUGACACUACUUUUUUUGUUCAAAACUGAGUUCAAUUUUCUAAAUGUUUCAUGUCUUAUGAGGAUUUCAAGAAAAUUAUUUGAAAGCGAGUUGCUUUAAUAGUAGAAUUUCGUAUUAGCGAAGCUAUGCUUUAGUACUAGUAGUAGUGAUUAAUGUUUUUCGUCCCGUGCUUGAAAUACUAGUUAGUUCUCUUUUCUAAGUAUCCAUGUUUGUUUACGAAAUGCGUUGUUUUAUGACGUUACGAUUUAGCAACCGUAAAACCUGUGACAAUAGAGAGAUUUAGAGUCGCGUUUACGGAAAAUAGCAAACGAGAAUUUGUACCACGUGACCAAGUUUUCCCUUUAAAUUCCUUUUACUGCUUCACAUUAGUUUUAUCCAUAAGAAUUGUUUUAGACUGUUUUCAUCUGCUCAUUUUCUACCCCGAGAAUUUCUCAACUGAAAUUUGGAGUACUAACGCCGUAUAUACCGUAAGCGUGACUCUCAAUCUCUCUACUGACUGAUUCUCUCACGAUCUGAAGAACUGAAUAUUAAUCGCUUCUAAGAAAAAAGAGUUAGUAAAGAGGUCUGAAAUCUUACGUGCUUUUAUCUUCUUAUUUAUUAACGUUCCUAUCAAUGACGUCCUAAUUCUAAAGGCCUCUAUCAAAAUACAAAACCUACCUAGCGAUAAAAAUAGUCUCGUUUUCAAGAAAUGAAGAUAUACUUAAUUAUAUUACAUCAUCAUGCAUAAUUUAAAUAGCAAUGGCCGCCUAUACUAGUUGUAUGAUAAAUAUUAUUGUCAAAGGUGUGUAAAUAUUAUUCAUAAGAUAGCAAGUGAGCCUUAAUUCCUUGCGUAAGGCCGUACAGUGUACAGAAUAAUCAAAGAUUCCAAAAUAAAAUAGAGUUCAAAUGUUCUACUCG